AUGACCCACACUAUUGUUGUAGCACCGACUAAAGGUGUAUUGCGAUUCGUCCCCUUCGCCAUCGAAGGUAACGAGGGUGAUACUGUCGAAUUCGUUUGGGGCGCUGGUCCUCACUCAGCUACAUUGAGUGAUGGCCAGAACGUACGUAACAAGUCUACUACCACCACUGCUUUCGAUUCUGGUAAACUCAACGCCACUGCGACUUUCCAAACUACCAUCGUCGGUUCGUCGCCCCAAUUCCACUAUUGUACAGUUGGCACUCACUGUACUUCUGGGAUGUUCGGAAUCAUCAAUCCACCUAACAACUCUACUCCACCUGCUGCUGCCGCCAAUGCUUCUUCCUCCGCCUCCGUGGAAGCUAGCAAGACUACUUCGCAGAAGCCCAGUUCAACAGCCGGCAAUGGUGAGGGCAAAGGGGGUUGUCAGAGUGUUGAUUGCUGGGUAUCAUCUUAUGAAGCUGCUGGAUCACAACCUAAAGCAACUGUCGCAGCUGUCAAAUCAGCAUGUCAAGGUACCGAUGGAGCCUGGGCUUGGGGUGGUAAAUGGGAUAUGUCCACCCUUGUUGCUGGAGGAAUCACGAAAGAUACUGUUGUUGAAAAUGUCUUAUAUUCCCGAUUGAUGAUCGCCAUGAACCCCACUAUGUUAGUCGCCGGCUCCCCGGUCGGUAACUUCACUGCCCCUCCACCAUUGAACGAGUUCGUUGCUGCCGCUGCUCCUGCUGGCGAAGACUCCACUGCCACUGUGAGCGCGGGAUCCGAUGGAGCAGUAACAGCAGCAGCUACCGAUGCUUCAGCCAGUGCAAGCGCUGCUCAAGCUUCUCAAGAGGCUGCCAAUGCUGGCACCAGUACUAGUGGAGCUGGUCAUAUCGGUAUUUCCGUUGGCACCAUCGCAAUUGCAAUCUCGGGAGCUGUUGUAGCACUAUUAACCUAA